AAUCGCGGGGCGCACAGCAGGGGCGGCAUCCGGGCCAGGGGGCCCAGCGGGCGGCUGCCCCGGAACCCUGACGCCGCCUGAUAACCCCCUUCCCCGCCGCGCCGGCCGCCCCAGGAAGCCGGGAGAGGGUCCCCGGGGGCAGAUCUUCCAGAGGCUGCCGAGCCCGCUGGACGGACAGAGACCUGAGUGACCCCGUCUCCUGCCCCAUGGUGCCGCCAUGUCGGUGAGGCUGCGCUUCCUGUCCCCGGGGGACGCGGGCGCCGUGGGCGUCGUGGGCCGCAGCGCCUCCUUCGCCGGCUUCAGCAGCGCCCAGAGCCGCAGGGCCGCGAGCUCCGUGAGGGCGCGGGCGCCCGCCAAGGCGGCCAGGAUGUACGGCACGCUCAGGAAGGGCGCCGUGUGCCCAGACCCCAGGCCCCAGCAGGUGAAGAAGAUCUUCAAGGCGCUGCGGAGAGGCCUCCAGGAGCACCUGUGCGCCCAGCAGGCCGAGCUGGAUUACCUGUCGGGCCGCCACAGCCACACACACAGGAACUCCCGGCUGGCUUUCUAUUACGACCUGGACAAGCAAACCCGCGCCGUGGACAGGCACAUCCGGAAGAUGGAGUUCCACAUCAGCAAGGUGGACGAGCUCUACGAAGGCUACUGCGUGCAGUGCCGCCUGCGCGCGGGGGCCGCCAACAUGCAGCGCGCCUUCUCGGGGGGCCCGGCCAGCCGCGCGUCCCGGGACAGCCUGCAGGAGCUGGGGCGCAGCCUGCAGGAGUGCGCCGAGGACAUGUGGCUCAUCGAGGGAGCCCUGGAGGUGCACCUGGGCGAGUUCCACGUCCGGAUGAAAGGCCUGGUGGGCUACGCGCGCCUCUGUCCCGGAGACCAGUACGAGGUGCUCAUGCGCCUGGGCCGCCAGCGCUGGAAGCUGAAGGGCCGGAUCGAGUCCGAUGACAGCCAGACCUGGGACGAGGAGGACAAGGCUUUCACCCCCACCCUGCAUGACAACCUGGAGAUCAAGGUGACGGAGCUGCGGGGCCUGAGUUCCCUGGCUGUGGGGGCCGUGACAUGCGACAUCACCGACUUCUUCACGACCAGGCCGCAGGUCAUCGUGGUGGACAUCACUGAGCUGGGCACCAUCAAGCUCCAGCUGGAGGUGUUGUGGAAUCCACUGGACGCCACCGACUGCCUGGGGACCCCCAGCCCAGCGAGCAAGUCCUCCUUGGGUGGCAGGAAGGGGUCCCUGUACAACUGGACGCCCCCCAGCACCCCCAGUUUCCGGGAGAGGUACUACUUGGCCGUCCUGCCGCCGCUGCCAGCCAUGCCCAGGGCUGCGUCCCUCCUCAGCUACCCGUCGGACGGCGACCUCGGCCCGGGGAGCCAGGGCCCGCCCAAGAUGGGCUCCUUCAGCUCCGAGGACCCCCGGGACACGGAGACCAGCACGUCUGCAUCCACCCUGGACGUGGGCUUCCUGCCCUCGGUGGUCGGCCCAGACGCUCCCGUCCAAGAGGGGCCCCUGGACGGGCCCCCGGCCCCGGGCCUCCUGCCGGACAUCGGCGACCUGGCCGGGUGCCGCUGGGCGCAGCAGCCUGGCUGGAGGCAGCUGGACGCCGAGAGCCCCCCGCGCCACGAGCACCCCAGCCCGGGGCGCCAGGGCGGCCGCGAGGACUCAGAAACAGGGGCCGGAGAGGAUGGGCCUGGGGCGGCCCUGGAGGGGCCCCUGCAGGAGGUCCUGGACUUGCUGGGGUCCAUGGAGCCCGCCCCGCCCCCGCUCCGCGAGCUGCAGAGGCAGGUCCUCGGCUUCAGGGAGCGGCUGAAGCCCCGCGUGGCCAGCCCCGAGCGCGCCUCGACCGAGAGCCUGGUGGAGUGUAUCUUGGAGAGCUUCGCCUUCCUCCACGCAGACCUGGCCCUGUUCGGGGGUCCCCGAAAGGACAGGACCCCAGCCCCAGCGCCGGCGCCGAGUGCGUGCAGGGAGCUCACGGCCAGCACCCCCGAGCUGGACAUGCUGCUCGAGGUCCACCUGCAAGUGUGCAAGGAUCUGCUGCAGAAACUGGCCUCCCCCAACCUGUCACGGAUGGUCCAAGAGUACCUGCUGGAAGAGGCGGGCCGGCAGGAGCAGGUCCUGGAGACGCUGUCGGCGCUGGACUUCCGGAAGGCCCGCCAGGCCACGUCCGUCGAAGAGAUCCUCCCACAGGCCACCCGGAGGAAGGGGUGCCUGAAGCUGUGGAGGGGCUGCACGGAGCGCGGCGGGGUCCUGGCCUGCCCCGCCCCCGCACUGCUCAGCCAGCUCAAGAGAACGUUUGUGCACAGGGUGCGCGGGAAGUACCCGGGACAGCUGGAAAUAGCGUGCCGCAGGCUGCUGGAGCAGGUGCUGAGCUGCGGGGGGCUGCUGCCCCGGGCCAGGGCCCCUGAAGACCAGACGGUCACCUGGUUCCAGUUCCACGCCUACCUGCAGCGGCAGAGGGUGGCCGACCUGGAGAAGCACUUUGCCCAGCUCACCAAGGAGGUCACGCUCGUGGAGGAGCUGCAGUGCGCCCGGCAGGCCAAGGCCCUCGGGAAGCUGCGGGGCAGGCGGCUGGGCCAGCUCCAGCCCCUGCCCCAGACCCUGCGCGUCUGGGCGCUGCUCCAGCUGGACGGGGCCCCGCAGGCCCGCAGGAAGGCCAGCGCCCGCCUGGCCGGCGCCGCACGCAACGGGAGCUUCCGGGAGAAGGCUGUGCUCUUCUACACGGACGCCCUGGCCGGCGAGGACGCGCGGCUGCAGCAGGCGGCCUGCAUGGCGCUGCAGCACCUCGGGGCCGUCGAGAGCAUCGAGCAGAUCGCCAGCCUGUGCCUGUCGGAGCUGGAGGCCGUGCGCUCGGCGGCUCGGGAAGCCACGCUGUCCUUCGGGGAGAAAGGGCGCCUCGCCUUUGAGAAGAUGGACAGACUUGGCUGGGAGCAGAGGGCGGCCGCCUGCAGCCAGGAGCCGGACGUGGAAAUCACGGUGUUCUAGGAAGCCUCAGCGACACGCUCGCCUCUGGCUCCUCUACCUUUGCCGAGACCCAGCCACACGGCCGAAGCAGGGGAUGCUGUGCCCACCCCUCCCCUGAGCGUAGCGGCGGGGCCCCUGCCCGGGAGCAAAGCGGCGUCACAAUGGCGCGGAAGCCCGGGACACUGGCAUUGGGGGGGUGGCGGGUUUCCGGCCUUCCCUGUGGACAGGCGGAGGCGGGUGCCAAGUGAGUCUGCACACGGCAGCAUGGUUCCGGGGGCUGCUCGGAGGUUGGAGACCGGCGCCCCACAAGGUGCCUUAAGCAGAGCCCGAGGAGGCCCCUGUCCAUAUCGGGACCAGGGGGACAGGCCAGUCAGGCGGCCCUGCUGAGCUGUGUCUGGGGGGACUGGGGCAGUGGAGAGAAGGGGUGCUGGCGGGACCCUGCAUCUCUACUCUCCAGCAGCGCCCGGGCUGAAGAGAAGGCGCGCUCUGACCACACCCCACCCAAACAAGAGCCUGUGUGCGUGCGUGCUGGCAUGGGGCAGUGUCAUGCCCCCUCACAGCUGAAGACUGCUUCCUGGUUGAACUUAGUAUUUAUUUGCCAUGUUCAUGUGCUGAACUCUCUGAAAUUCCCAUUAAAGAGUGAAAAAACAUUUCCCA